AUGACGCUGGAACGACUAGGCAUCCACAUUGAAAAAGUAGACAUAAAGACAUCCAAGACUGGUGAAACUAAGUCACCACAUGAAGAUGAAAUCACUUCAAUUUUAAGAGAGAAAACCGGUUUUCCUGGUGUUGUUUCCAUAAAUAAAUCAGUACCAUCUACCAAAAUCCAAAAUUUUGUUUUUGGUCCUCCUUUACCAAAAAUAAUGACUACAAUGUUAAAACACUCAAAAUAUACUAAAAAUGUCCGCUGGAACAUUCCAGAUCCUGCUCCUGUUUCCGUAUUUCUUCCAAGUUCUCAUCCAGUUUCUACUCCAGUCGAGAAAGAAAUACACCAACCAAAAAUGUUAAGAGCACCCAAAAAGGUUGUAAAAGAUGUUUAUACUGAUGAAAGACUACAAGACAUUUUAAUUCUUUCUUCACGUUUCUCCAAACCUCUCAUUGCUCCUUACCCAGUCACCACUCCCAAAUCUUUACCAGAGAGCACAGGCUAUAUUUACCAACACAUCUUGACAGAUGUAAGUGUAAAAGUGCCGGGCCCUGCACCUAGUACCAUACCUGCUAAACCAGAAAAACAGAGGUCUGAUCAUUUACCUCGAGGUUCUGGAGUGGUAGUAAAUGUUGCUGAAUUUCCAGCUGGUAUUUUCCUGCCAUCACCGGCUUUGCCAAGAAAGCCUCAGCGACAGUCUGUACUUGAAGCUCGUGUAAUGGAACGUGAAAAUGAAGAUACUAUCCCAAAGCCAGCUGCAACAAAAUCUGUUAAAGUUUCUAUAGGUGGCAUGAAAAUAACUAAAAAAGAAUCAGGUGUGUAUGUUCUACGUGGUGAAGGUUUUAAGACUGUUACAACAACUCGAUAUGAAACAAUAACAGCCAUGGCCAAUCUGGCCAUAAUAAACUGUCAAGUAUAUGGAAGAAAUGCACUUAAUCUUAAGGGCUUUUUCAUCUUGAAUUGUCCAGAUUUAACACCUUUGGCUUUCCAAUUGAUAUAUCUCAAUUUAUCAUUUAAUGAUAUUCGUUACUUUCCCACAGAAGUAUUCUGCCUUAAAAAUUUACAAGUACUGAAACUGAGAAAUAAUCCUAUCAAAGAAAUUCCAUCUGAAAUUCAGCAGCUGAAGUACCUUAGAAUUUUUGAGAUGUCCUUUAAUUUGAUUACUGUUCUUCCACCUGGGUUAUUUUCCUUGUCACAUCUCGAGGAGCUUGAUGUUUCCUACAAUGAAAUUACUGUUAUUCCAAAUGAAAUCCAGAAACUCAGGUCACUUGAAAGACUGAAUGUUGAUGGGAAUGAACUGGGUUUUUUCCCAUGUGGAAUUCUGAAGCUUAGCCUGAUGAGAAUUCAGUUUGAGAAUAAUUUCACUCAUCCUUGCUUUUGGAAAGAAAAUUCUUUGAAUGAUCCACAACGACUUACUCACAUUGUAUCUUUUCUCAUUGUCAAGAAUGGUCUACAUAAACUUUAUGAUAAGAUUCCAGCAAACAUUCAGAACUUACUAAAAUGGACAUCCAGGUGUGAAUGGUGCCAUGGUCCCAAGUUUGGUGAAGGUUUUCAUAUCAUCCAUUCCUAUGAUAUUUUUGGAGCAGCACAACUUCCUGUUAUGCUCAAUGUCUGUUCUUCUUAUUGUUAUCGGGCAAUAAGUGAAAGCCGUUUUUAG